UCUACUAGGCAUCCCCCCACUCCCCAUCUUUCCCUCGCCACUCUCUCUCACUCAGCAAUUCUACUCUACUCCACUCUUCAGUUUGAGAAAGAAAGAAAAGGAGGAAGAGAGAGAGAGAGAGCCCAAAAGAGGAAGAAAGUUAAUGCUUUCUUCUACUACCACUUGCUAGGGUUAAAGGGUUCUUUUUCCUUCAAUCAGCAGCAGCAGCAGCAGAAGUCUCUUUUGGGAAAAAUUACCCAAAAAAAAAAAAAAACUGAACGAUGAACAUUUUCAAGAAGAAAACUUCGCCCAAAGAGGCACUGCGGACCAGCAAAAGGGAAAUGGCAGUUGCCACAAGAGGGAUUGAACGGGAGAUCGCAUCUUUACAGAUGGAGGAGAAGAAACUAGUUGCAGAGAUUAAAAAAACAGCAAAAACUGGAAAUGAGGCUGCAACCAAGAUUUUAGCUCGUCAACUUGUUCGGCUACGGCAACAAAUAGUAAACUUGCAAGGGAGCCGUGCCCAGAUCAGAGGUGUAGCCACGCACACCCAGGCACUAUAUGCCAGCACUUCUAUUUCUACUGGAAUGAAAGGUGCUACAAAAGCAAUGACAGCCAUGAACAAGGAAAUGGCACCCACAAAACAAGCUAAAGUGAUUAAAGAGUUUCAGAAGCAGUCGGCGCAGAUGGAUAUGACGAUUGAGAUGAUGUCGGAAUCUAUUGAUGAAACCUUAGAUAAAGAUGAGGCUGAGGAGGAAACAGAGGAGCUUACUAACCAGGUUCUGGACGAGAUUGGUGUGGAUAUAGCCUCACAACUGUCAUCUGCUCCAAAAGGUCGGAUUGCAGCAAAGAAAGUUGAUAAUGCUGCCCCCCCUAGCUCUGCAACUGCUGAUGUUGAGGAUCUUGAGAAACGGCUAGCCUCCCUGCGCCGUAUUUGACAAGGAAAGGGUGGUAGGUGGAUAUUCCCUUUUGUAAAAAGUUAUAGAACAAAGUAUAUGUAUACUAGAUAGACUUUUAGUACUUGUCGAACUUCAUCUUCGUUGUUCUAAUAAGCACUUUUGUAUCUUGAGGAGGACCUUAAACUAUUGAAUUUGAGUAUUGAUAAAAUCUUUUAGUAUGGACAUGAUUACUCCUUA